CUCUUUUCUCUUCCCAUUUUACAUGUUUGUGGCCUGAAUUCUGAUAUGAAGGGCGGCAAGCGCAAGAGAGAACCUACGGCAUCUGAUUCUGAAUUCGAAGACGACGACACUGAUGAGCGAGCAGUACAAAAGGAGAAGAGAGGACGCAAGAAAUUUAAAAGGGCUAGAGGGCGGCUGGGUGCUCUGCAGAACAUUCAGGAGAUGCCACUGGAUGUCGUCUAUGAGAUCUUCACCCACCUUGAACCUUACGACCUAUUGAAGCUGUCGAGGACGAGCAAGUCACUUCGAAAUAUUGUUUUGAAUCGCUCCGUGAGUCCGCUUUGGAAGAACGCGAGAGAAAAGGCUGGUAUCCCGGAACCUAUUCCGACAAUGAGCGAGCCAGCGUUUAUCGACCUACUCUUCGAUCGAUACUGUCACUUCUGUGGAGGUGCGGCCGCUUAUAGAAACUGUAUCAUCUGGUCGGCACUAGUCCGAUGCUGCAAAAGGUGCUUGAAGGUCAAAUUUGUCUCCUUGCCCGAUGCAUUGAAUUGCGAUCGGUACGACACACCACCUCAAACCGUAUGCAACACACUACCUCGAUAUCAAGACCCCCGUAGACACUUCUGGGUGUAUCUCCGAACCGAGAGUGAGAAGUUAGUGAAGGAAUAUAAAGCGCUACCUGCUUCCGAGGUAAGAACAUGGAUAGCUCAACGGGCUGAGCUGUUCCGACGGAUUGAAAAGCAAAUUGAUGUCUGUAAAGUGUGGCUAUCUGCACAAGACGACAAACGCGCACAAGAGUUGGAGCGAGCCAGGGAAGGUAGACUGGAAUCAAUCACAUGCAAGGUAGUGGAAUUGGGGUUCAGUAGGCUUGUUACGUCGGUCGAGGAAUUCCGCAGCCACUCGCUCGUCAAUCAACCAAAAGUCUUAACGGAACGUUACUGGCGGAAAAUGAAACCGGAUAUUGAGGAGUUGUCAUCUUCCAUUCAAGCUCGUUUACUUCGAGACUGCAAGAAAAAGCGCGUUGAAGUCCUACGAGAAGUCCUUAGAGACUGGGACCUACGACAAACGUUUACAUUUAUGACACCUUCGGUCUGGGAUAUUGCCCUUUGGGAGCCCUUUAGAUCAGUCAUUGAAGACUUGCCGCUCGAUGGAGGCCACGAGCCUUCCAUCUUUGACGACGGGCUUACGCAGUUACUUCCACCGGUUGAGGAAUGGAACAGGAAUCAGACCAAGAAAGUCCUUGCCGCGCUCCAGAAGUACCAACCAGAUGCCACCGAAGCCGACCUUCAUUUAGCCACUUCGUUGUUUAGAUGCGCAGCUUGCAGCCGCUUUGGACCUCCGUUCUACGCUUACCCAGGCAUCCUAUCACAUGUUUGUGUGAAUCCUGGUCGAUUCGUUCCUCCAGCGGAUUUCAAGCCUCCAGAUUGGUACUUUGAGAAAUAUUCUCAAAAAUACCCAUCGGCUGUUACUACACAUAUUGAGGUAGCCAAAUCAGCGGUGGACUUGACGAAGGAAAUAGGGGAACUGGUCGGAAUCGAUGUUGGGUCGACACUGAUGUCCGCGAUGUUCGCUCUAAAUCCUACAUUGAUUCACGACUCGGAUACUAGAAACUGGAGCAAGUUGGUAACUCUGGAGGCGCGGCACGAACUUAAGAUUCCUUCAGACGAGUCCCUCAAAAUUAAAAGGGCUCGUGGCUGGGAGAAAAGGCUUUCAAAUUGGGAGCAAAGCCUGCGACACUUCCUUUGCAAAAGAUGUCCCUCUUAUCGAUCAUCUUUGGAAAAUGUGAAGAAACAUUUGACGGAGACUCAUGGAGUUACGGCCGUAUGUGAAGAAGAUUUGGAGUACUCGCCGUUCAAUGAUAUCUCUAGUAAUCAAUAUUAUUAGCGACACCUAACUAAUAUUUCUCGAUAAACGAGAAGUGUUUACCGUAGAGAGUGGUGGAGGGAGACUCGAACUUAAUGUUUACGAAUUACCUCUUAUUAAAUUAAUCUAAUUAUCAUAGUGUCAACGAACGGCA